AUGAAGUGUGACGCAGUAAUUGAAAAAAUCAAAGCCCGCGUGGCCGGAAUCGACCCGAACGGUCCACGUAAAGUUCUGGGAGUCUUCCAGCUAAUCAUAGAAGCUUCUGAUGGAGUUCAUGAACUGGUGGUAGAUUUGAAGAAUCUUAAGGUGACGGAAGGCAAAGUAUCCGAUGCUGAUGUUGUCAUUAACAUUAAGGACGAGGACUUCAUUGCUGUUGGAACUAAAUCCAUCACAGUACAUAGUGCAGUGGAACAAAAGAAAAUCAAGAUGACCGGAGAUGAAGCUCUGUUCCAAGCCCUAGUUGACGCUAUCUAA